AUGGAAAUCGCAGCAUCACAACCUGAUGACUUGAUGCGAAACUUGGCACCACACUGUUCUCGAGCAUCCGCACGUAGCCUGGUCCAGGCAGCCCAGAUGCUGCUAACAGAAAAGGUAGAUGCCUUGCAUCAGGAAGCUAACCAGCUCCUUCAACUUCCAUCUGUACAAACAACGAGCAUGCCUCGCACCAUUGAUUCUGACAUUGCUGUAAGCACCAAAUCUGAGGCCGAAUCCAUAAAUGGCCUCCAAAACGAGGAUCGACAAGAAAUUAAGUUUAAAAAAGAAGAAGACAAGACAUUAAUGGAUCGUACCUCUACUCCUCUCCGACUAACUAGGAUAGCUGUUCCUUCAAAUGCUCCUGCUUUUUUAUCCUCUUUUGCUUCCUUUCUCUCUAAUUCAACGGCCCCCACUCGUAAAGCCGAUGCUUCGUUGGAUACGGCUUGUUCUAUGCCUCAUUUGGUUAGGGAUGAUUUUCUUAGGUAUUCAGCCAUCUCAUCUAAGCCGGAUUUUUCGGAAGAGUUGGAAGAUCUGUUUGCCUAA